CUGAGGGAGUCUGAGUGAGUGAGACACAAGGAGACUAAGACAAACAGACAGUAGAAAAAAGGACAUGAGAACAGUGACAUUUUUACUUUGUAUGGGAGGCAGGAAACAAGACAACUACCUGUGGAGAUGGGAAGUACAACCCUCCCAGUGUACCUCAAUGUGAGUGCGGGGACGAUCAACUCGUCAUCGGACCCAGCUAAGACUGAGGAGGGUUACAGUGAGGCAACAAUGAUCCUGCUGGGUAUGAUUAUGUCCUUACUCGUCCUGUGCAUUGUCUUUGGCAACAUCCUGGUCAUAACAGCAAUCGCCCGCUUCCAGCGUCUCCAAAAUGUCACCAACUGUUUCAUCACAUCCCUUGCCUGUGCUGACCUAGUCAUGGGUCUCAUUGUGGUUCCUUUCGGUGCCUGCUACAUCAUCUUUAAGACUUGGCACUUUGGUAGUUUCUGGUGUGAGUUCUGGACUGCGACUGAUGUGCUCUGUGUGACUGCAAGCAUCGAGACCCUGUGUGUCAUAGCUAUUGACCGUUAUUUAGCCAUUACCUCUCCCUUCCGCUACCAGUCGAUGCUGACCAAGGGCAAGGCUCGCAUUGUGGUUGUGCUGGUGUGGGUGAUUGCCGCCUUGAUAUCUUUCCUGCCCAUCCACAUGAAGUGGUGGAUAUCAGUUGAUAAGGAAGCUAAGGAUUGCAUUGAGGACAGUAGCUGCUGUGAGUUCUACACCAACAUGGCUUACGCCAUCACCUCCUCUAUCAUCUCCUUCUACAUCCCUUUGGUCAUCAUGGUUUUUGUCUACAGCCGCGUUUUCCAGGAGGCCAAGCGCCAACUGAAGAAGAUUGACCUAAGCGUUGGACGUUUUCACAACAGCGACAACAGCAACCCCCAAUCUCUGGAGGCCAACAAUGGGCGUGGCAACAAGAAGGCCAAAUUUUGCCUACGGGAACACAAAGCCCUAAAGACACUGGGCAUCAUCAUGGGGAUCUUUACUCUGUGCUGGCUGCCCUUCUUUCUGCUCAACGUGGUGGUGGCCAUAUGGAAGGUGGAGGACAUUGACCUUACCUUCAGGAUACUUAACUGGAUAGGUUACGCAAACUCUGCCUUCAACCCGCUCAUUUACUGCCGGAGUCCUGAGUUCAGGUAUGCCUUCAAGGAAAUCCUCUGCAUGAAGAGGAACAGCCUCAGCAAUGCGGGGCCCAUGAAUGGAUAUGUCUACAGCAGGCACAGCUGGCAGAGCGAACAGCAAGGAAGAAGUAAGGGCAGCUUGGAUGACAGUGACACUAAUGAAGGGUGUGUGGGAAAGGGAGCGGGGGUCUGCGGCAGUGUGGAUAGAUCAGUGGACCCCAGCGGGAAUUGCAACAAAGGCCUAUCGACUGUAACGACUGUCCUUUAAACCUGGAGCCCUGAGACUUCUGUUAGCAGGGUGAUCAAGGCAUGUUUACACUGUUAUCAUAAACCUUUUUCCAAUUGACUAAUGAAGGUAAGGCCAGUCAAACUGACGGCUAGAGACCGCUUAACAGAAACUGUAAUAAUCAUGUUCAGCUGAGGAAACUAUCUUCCAAUUUCAACACUGAAUAAAAACUGUAGGUAGAUCACCUUUCCUUUUGUUACAUUUCUCAUGUUUAACUUCCAUCUACCUCAUCACAUCUUUUAAACAUGUGUUUCUUAACUGACUAUUUUACAUUAACUCACUGUCCACAGAAGUUACACUAUGGCAGUAUUGUAUCUCAGCCGUGUAAGUAUUGUACUUCACUAUAUGAUCUGUGCAUUAUAGAAUUUCUACCUAUCAGGCCCACAUUGAGUUUGUGGUAAUUGCUUUUAUUUUAUAGUUCUUGGCAAAAGUUCCCACAAUUUAUUAGCAUAAAAAUGUUUUUGAAAUUCAAAGUAAAUGUUGUUAGAAGCUAUAAAUUCCAUACGGGCAUGGCAAUUCACAGUUCUUAUUUCCAUCAGAAGAUGGAUGAGAAGCAUGGAAGGCAUAAACGUAAUGCCUCUUUGGUGCUUUCUUUGAAGAAAUACAUUCCAAAUCAAUACAAAUAAUAUAAUGUAUAUAAUAAUUUGGCUAAAUUUCCUUUCCAGAUUGUUUUAUUCUUUUUUAUGGAUUGUCUUAGUGUGAAAUAUCAUCAACAUGUGUGGCAGAACCUGUCUUUUUCUCCUCACUGCUCAGCAAUGUGGUGAGGUCCUGCUCUAGUGUUUUACAGCAUGCUGCAUGAGUGUUUCUGUGGCCUGCAGAUAGCAUCAGAGAUUUGAAGUUAUCUACAUCUCACUGGUGCAAGCUGCCAAAACGUUUGGGGCCAUCCUCUGUUAGUCAAGUUUCUAUACGUUGUAUCAGCCAGAUUCCAUUAUCAGCCCUGAAGAUAUAUAAUGGCAUUUAGUGGAAAGCAGAUUGCAUUAAUGUUGUUAAUCCUGGGUAUCAACCUUUAAAGCUUGCAGCUGUUAUAUGAAUAAAUGCACUUGUUUUAAACUGUGCUGCUACACAGCCUAACAGUCAUACCUUGCGUUCAGUCCGCUGGUUCAUUUGUGAGACAUGUAAACCAAUAUCUGGUACAUUAUAUAGCCAAUACAUAAGUAUAAGUCCUUCCUAUCCCAUCUAUGUGCCGGUAGUAACACUUUUGUUGCACAUGCUCUAUUUGUUUAUUACAAUGUGUAGUUGCUGUCUUUCAGUAUGUACAGUGUUUACUGAAACCAGAGAAGCCGUUUCCUUAGUCAUGGCACAAGGGUACAAACUACCCACAAGAAUAAACAGUGUGUCGAAAUAGCCAAGCGAUAACAAAGUUCCAGGCCCGAGACUAUGGUGGUGGAGAUUAUUCAGAAGCCAAUAAACAAUGAGAAAAACAGUCCUGAGUUGUGCACCUUUGUCAAUGCUCCCUGACAAGUCCCAGAGUCUCCUCUCACUGUAAACGGAUCUCUGGAUCUUUAUGAAAUCAGUCUAACAUUUGAAUAAGACACUCGGGAGUCCACUGAGCAGCGCCUCAGCUGUUCCAGUUGUUUCAGUCAGUCUACUUUAGACACUGCUCAGUGUGCAGUCUCCAGGAAAUGCCCCAAAUCCAGCUGAGCCCAGCACAAUAAACAUGAAUAAAUCCAUUAUCUCUGCCGUUUAGCUGGAGAAUCAGAUAACUCCCUCUCUUAGGGAACUCUGAACUAGAUAGAUACAUUACAUAGUAUACAGUUCACAAUUUGCAUGAUGAGAUGUGAUGAGAUCCAAAUGGCUAACCUGAAAUGAGAUACUCUUUUUUUAAUCGCCUGUCUUAAGAUCACAGGCUAUUGGAAAUAUCACUUUUUUGACAUAGGCAUGCAUUAAUGGAACAUGAGCUCGUAAUGUAGGGGCUUGAAUUGGAGAAUUCACCCACUUUUCCCAACACUAUAUGAUAAGUGUUGCAGGUGUAACCCCCUUCCCACCGUCAGUUUGGUGAUCACUAUGUUCUGAUCAAAUAGUGAGCAUGCUAAAUGUGGCUACUGACGUUGAGAGGGGGAGCAGGGAUUCUCUGCCAGUCUAAAUCAGUGGUAGUGACCUGUGUUUUAGUGCAUGUAGUAAGGUCAGCUGGCACCGUCAAAACUGUGAACUUUGUUCCCUCAGAGGAAUCCAUAUGUACUGUAAUGCUAGGUUUGGCCAGCACUGCUGUCACAGACUUUAGGAAUAGACGUAAAUACGGUGUCAUCUUACGUCAAUGUUUGCCAUGUGAAAAACAAGCUUUCCAGUGUGUUGAUCUUUUUUCUGUUUUUCUAUUUCAUGGAUUUACUGCAAAGUAAAUGCAGGGGUUGGCUGUCAUAACAAACGUUCUCCAGGUUUUUUUCUUUAAUCAAAACUGUACAUAAUGCACGAAGCACAAAACAGAUAAUGAUUCCAGACCAAGAUUUUGAUACAUUGUAUUUAUUCACUCACAAUUAAUUGACGCAUUGAUGCUAAAUUAAUGAGUCACUGUUGGAUAAAAAAAAAAAAGGUCUGUAUUUGAAACAUCUGUUAUUUUCAGAAGCACUUUCCAAGUGAUCGUUUGCAUGCCUGCUAUGCUGUAUAUAUACUUGUGGUGAUGUGUUUGUGGACUGUGGUGCCAUUUCCUUUCGAAGUGAUCUGUUUAAGUGGAGCAGUUUGUGAACUAUAUAUAUCCACACUGCUCCCUCCUGGCAGUGGCCUCUCCUUGCACCUCAGCUGUCUCAGAGUUAUUAAUGGUUACGGUUUCAUCAAUACGCCUGUAUAAUAAGGAAUGUAAUUCAUGUCUUCACCUUCUCAUGCUGGAGGACACAACGUAGUUAUGUGAAAUGAGUCUUGAAUGAUUAACUGACACUACAACAUUCCAAGUAGGCCUACAGCUGAUAGUUUGGAGCCAUAUAUCAUGUCUACUGAUGCAUACAAUGAACAUUCAGUUCUCCCAAUGAAGUUUGGCUCUAGAUUACCACUCCUACCCACUGGUAUGUUUAAUUCUGAAAACAUAAAAGGUUAUUUUAAGUUUAAGAUGAUAUGUUACAAUGUGGCACGUAUAUUUUCAGUGUAAAAGAAUAUUAUCUAUGUCAUGGAUUGACCAUUUUAAUAUUGUCAAGGCUUAGGUGGGCUAAUGCUAAUGCUAAUGCUGUCCUCACUGAUCCAUUCAUGUUCCUAUUUAAUAAAAGUCACUUUACCCUGAACUGCUUCCCAUGGUUUAGAUUAGGUCAUUCACUAACUUAAAGCAUCACUGUUUUGCACUUUCAUGAAACAUUUGUAGAAUUUUUGAACAAUUGAAUCCAAGUUUGAGUUCAUGAACUAUAAACAAUAACUGGCUGAGAGUUCACUUGUUCCAUAAUAUUUUUGUGGAAGUCCUCUUUCCUGUUUGUGAGUAAGAAUGAAGAGUCAUGAGAAACGGCAGAACCUCAGCACAGAUCGUUGUCAAAGGUGGACUGUUCUGAUAAAUUGAUGUAUGUGAAUGUUAUUUUUUUAGGAAAGUUGAAUAUUGCUUCAGCCGUCAUUUGAAAAAUAAACCAAUUACAUGUGAACCUUUUUUUCGAGUGAAAAAAGUUGUCACUCAGUUGAAUGUUUACUCAACGUUUGCAAACCCUUUUCGCACAAGUUGUCGUCACUGUUUGUUGAGGUAAU